UCUUCUUCCUCUCUCCUUAUCAACAGCAGGGAGACAAGCAGAGAAGAGAAGCUCUCACCUCCUGACCCCACCAGCCCGUCCAGCCUCGGUAACUCUCCUCUCAGCGGGAACAGGCCCGGCAGCCUGACCCAAUUCUCCCCUCUCUUCAUCCAAGCCAGUCAAAAUCUAACCGGUGCCCCCCCGUCACCAUGGAGCGCGUGCAGCACAUGACCAAGUCGGCCAUCCGCCGAGCGUCUAUGAUCGAGGUGACCCCGCAGGUCAAGAGGAACCUGCAGGAGCUGUUCGUCAACUUCACCCUGAUCCUCAUCUGUCUGCUCCUCAUCUACAUCAUCGUCCUGCUGAGCAGCUGAGAGCCACGGAGCCCCAGAGAGAGAGAGAGAGAGAGGGUUGACAAGUGUCUGGGCUCGGCUGAUGCUCGGGUCGCACUCAUACACACACAUCCGGUUUCUACCAAAAGCAUUAAUGACCCCCCCCCCCUCCCCAUUGUAUCAGCUCAACUCUGUCUGAGAAGGGCCAUGGAGAUUAUACUCCUCCACGUGAAAACAAGAAGAGAAGACAGCCUGGACAAUGUCUCCAGUAAUAAUAUGUGUGUAUGAUACUGAAAUAUCAAUACAUCACUUUUGUUUAACGUCCGCUUCCCAUGAUCCCUUGUCGCUUCCUCCUGUUCGACAGUAGAAAGACAUGGAGGCAGAGAUAUUAACUUUCUCUGUGGUAAAAAACUUAAUCAUUUGACUUAACUCCCAAGUGGAGCGGGACUAUAGUGUGUGGAGGGAUAUGAAACUGAUGCUCCAUUUAGAAAAAGACAAGAUGAUGCAUGAACUAUGACUCCCAGGGUGCAUUUCAGUAAAGAAAAACAUGACAUCACACAGCAGAGGUCACACUGUUAAGAAAAAAUAUUAUUAUAUAACUUAUUAUACAACUCGCAGCUUGUUUUUAGAUAACAUCAGUACCAUGGGUGUCGUGGAAGUCGGAGCCAUUUGCACAGCCGAACCCCCAAAAACAUGAAGCCUGACUCAUCAGAAACAAAGUUGACAGAGUUGGAACUUGUGGCCUUGUCAUGAACCUAUUGAAUCAUCCAGAGGCAGAGUUGUCUGCUGGAAAAAGACGAUAUCGUUAAAAGAGAAUUCUGAACUGGGACACAAAUUAUUAUGUAAUGCAUCCGCUUUAAUUAACGGCUUUAUAGAAGGCAGAGGGAAAGGGAACUGCAACUUGACCCAUCUGUUGAAUGUACAUUGAUUAAUUUAUAUUAAAAAAAUAAAUGAUUCAUUUUGAAGUUCUCCAGUAAAUUGAGGAGACUCGUGCUUAUUUAGAAAUGUCAGCUUAUAUACCACUGAGAAAUCACAUUUGAGUUAAAGACUGAGUGCACCUUACCUACAUGUGUUUCUGAUUCCAGGUCUGUUUAUCCACGAUGAAAACCUCACUCUGCAUGGUGUGAUGUCACUCAACGUUUCCUAUUUAUACCCUCACAGCUCGGUUUCUGCUGUUGAAACUAUUGCUGAGUGACAGUUUGGGGUUUAUAACAGCACAAGUUCCCUGAUUGGUGCAAUGAAGAUGUAGAAAGUAAUCUGUGAAAUCAGAUUCCUGAAUGUGAAGUGCUUUAUGAAAUCCACAUGGGUCAUGUGGAUCUGUUUUUUGUUUGUUUUGAAGAUUGUACCACCAAACUGUUCAAUGACAAACCACCGAAUAAACUGCAUGAAGACAAAUGAAAA